GUGGAGUCCAUGCUUUCAGACUACGACAUCCUAUCUCAGUCUAGCAUCCAGCAACACUCACUGAAGAAGAGGGACCUCGAGCCUGAGACACACGUAGAGAGGCUCUUAAGUUUUUCAGCCCUGCAAAGGCACUUUAAAUUAUACUUAACUGCAACUGCUGAACACUUUUCAGAAAAAUUUCAAGCAUUAAUUGUGGAUGGUGAAGGCAAGGAAAAGGAGUAUCGUGUUCAAUGGCAAGACUUUUUCACCGGACAUGUAGUUGGAGAACAUCAUUCCAAGGUUGUGGCACAUAUUGGGGAUGAAGAUUUUACAGUGAGAAUCAGUACUGAUGGAGAAGAAUACAAUAUCGAGCCACUGUGGAGAUUUGUAGAUAAUGUGCAAGAUGAAAGACUGCUGGUCUAUAGGUCUGAAGAUAUUAAAGAUGUCUCGCGACUGCAGUCCCCCAAAGUGUGUGGUUAUUUAAAGCUGAACGAAGAAGAACUGUUGCCAAAAGGACUGGAAGACAGGAAGCAAAAUGAAGCAGGCAUCCAUCGGAAGAAAAGAACUGUUCCAGAGAACUCCAAAAACACGUGCAAGAUGUUGGUAGUGGCAGAUCAUCGUUUUUUCAAGUACAUGGGCCGUGGGGAAGAGAGUACGACUAUAAACUAUUUGAUUGAAUUGAUAGACAGAGUAGAUGACAUCUACCGAAAUACUUCCUGGGACAAUGGAGCCUUCAAUGGGUAUGGCAUACAGAUAGAGCAGAUCAUCAUCCACAAUGAGCCAAAUCUUGUAAAUCCUGGAGAAAAGCAUUACAAUAUGGCAAAAAGUUACCCAGAUGAUAAGAAAGAUGCUUGGGAUGUGAAAAUGCUGCUAGAGCAAUUUAGCUUUGAUAUUGCUGAGAAAGCAGCUCAUGUGUGCCUUGCCCAUCUCUUCACAUAUCAAGAUUUUGACAUGGGAACGCUUGGAUUGGCUUAUGUUGGCUCUCCCAGACCUAACAGCCAUGGUGGCAUUUGUCCUAAAGCUUAUUAUAGUCAGAUUGCAAAGAAGGACAUCUAUCUGAACAGUGGCUUAACCAGCACCAAGAACUAUGGGAAGACCAUCCUCACCAAGGAAGCUGACCUGGUUACGACGCAUGAGCUUGGACAUAACUUUGGAGCAGAGCAUGAUCCUGAUAGCCUGCCAGAAUGUGCCCCCACUGAAGACCAGGGAGGGAAAUACGUCAUGUAUCCAAUUGCUGUCAGUGGAGAUCAUGAAAAUAACAAGAUGUUCUCAAGCUGCAGCAAAAAAUCCAUCCAUAGGACCAUAGAGAUCAAGGCCCAGGAGUGCUUCAAAGAGCGCAACAACAAAGUGUGUGGCAACUCCAGGGUGGAUGAAGGGGAGGAAUGCGAUCCUGGCCUCUUGUACCAACAGGCUGAUCCCUGCUGCUCUGCAGACUGUAAACUGAAAGAGGGUGCCCAGUGCAGUGAUCGGAACAGUCCCUGCUGUAAAGCUUGCCAGUUUGAAAGUGCACAGAAGAAAUGCCAAGAAGCCAUAAAUGCCACUUGUAAAGGAGAGUCUUUUUGCACUGGGAACAGCAGUGAGUGCCCCCCUCCAGGGAAUGCUCCGGAUGACACCGUCUGUGUGGACAUGGGGAAGUGCAAGGACGGGGAGUGCGUCCCUUUCUGCGAGAGAGAGAAGAACCUACGGUCGUGUGCAUGCAAUGAAACAGAUAAUUCUUGCAAGGUGUGCUGCCGGGACAAGCAGGAUAGGUGUGUUCCCUACGUCGAUGCUAAUGACCAGUUCCUGUUCCUGCGCAAGGGGAAGCCUUGUACCGUGGGCUUCUGCGACACAAAUGGUAAAUGCGAGAAGCAAGUACAGGAUGUGAUUGAACGAUUUUGGGACUUCAUAGACCAACUCAGCAUCAAUACAUUUGGGAAGUUCCUGGCAGAUAAUAUAGUGGGCUCUGUGCUUGUCUUCUCCUUACUUUUUUGGAUACCUCUCAGCAUCCUCGUGCAUUGCGUGGACAAGAAACUGGACAAGCAGUACGAGGAGAACACAAAGUCUCUGUUUUGCCCCAGUAAUGUGGAGAUGCUCAGCAGCCUGGACUCUGCUUCUGUUCGAAUCAUCAAGCCCUUCCCCACCACGCAGUCCACCAGCCGGCACCAGCCGCUGCAGCCCAUCGCAGCUGUGCCUGCUGUCACUGCAGCCCCAAAACAGGACCACCAAAGAAUGGACACCAUUCAGGAGGACCCAAGCACCGACUCUCACAUUGAUGAGGACGGGUUUGAGAAGGACCCUUUCCCAAAUAGCAGCUCGGCUGCCAAAUCUUUUGAGGACUUGACAGACCAUCCUGUCGUUAGGAGUGAGAAAGCUUCGUCCUUUAAACUACAGCGUCAGAACCGGGUGGACAGCAAAGAAACAGAAUGCUAGUGUCUUGCUGCCUUCCACAUGUCUGACUUGUGUCUGCAAAAUGAGUUCAUUUGGAUCUAAAACCAUUUCAUUUAUAUAAAUAUAUGUAUAUAUAUUUUUGUGAGGGAGUGGGAGAAAUAAGGAAGUGACCUACUGCAGAUGCUGGUCAUGUGUAUGACCUUCCUUAAAUUACAUUUAUUAGAGCAUUAUAUCUUUUAAAAAGGAAAAUCCAAACUAGAACUGGCUUGUUUUGAAGCUUUUUGGAUUUUUCUAUUUCCUUGACCUUUAACAUUUCCUUCAACCUGUGGUGCAAAACCGAACGUCCUGCUGGAUAUCGGAUUGUGUAUAUCGGCCUUUUUUAUAAUUUAAUAUUUUGUAGUCUGACAGCACUGAUAGACAAAAUUAAGGGGCUUUUAAAAACAAAGUGAAGACACUGCAGUAUGUUCUGUAUAGAGUAGAUCACUUAGCAGUUUAAGGUACAUGUAAGCAAGAGCCUUAAGAGAUGCCUAGAGAACAGAAUGAC